AUGGGGAGACACGACAACUACAGUCCGAGCUCUCACCGCAGAUCCCCAAGUGCCAGUAGUUACGACGCUCGCUACAGGGUAAACUCUGAAGACGAGGAGGACUACUCCCACUACUCGGGGAAAAAAUACAAAGAAAAGAAAGAAAAGAAAGGAGACUCUGGUGACGAGCGUAAGAAGCGCGAAAAAGAAGAUAAAGAGAGACACGAAAAAGAAAAGAAAGAGAAAAAGCGCCGGGAGAAGGAGGGCUACAGCGGCGGCGACCCCAGUAGUUAUGGGCGCCGUGAAGAUGAACAUCGGCGACACGAAUAUGUUCAAGAAGAAGAUAGGUCAAGUGGUUAUGGCGAGGAGCGCCGUGAACACCAGUAUGAGGAGUCGCGCAGAUUUCCCAGCGAGCACGGCGGCUACGGCAUGCACCAGGAAAGCCAUGGUUACGGCGAGAGGCCGAAUAUGCAGCAGGCAUACGGCCAUUCGAGCUACGGAGACCAGCCGGCGUAUGGAAGUCAGCCGCAAACCGGAAGCACUUAUCAGCCAGGUCCGUCACCACCUCCGCCGCAGGCGGGGUACGGAGCUUAUGGAGGGUUCCCGCCUUCGGGGCCACCUGGCCCACCUCCACCGCAAAAUUAUGGCCACGGGUAUCAUCCGCAAGAGCAGCCUAGCUAUGAAUUCCGCCCGCAGGAGCAACCGGCGUCUUAUGUAGGGUAUAAUCAAUCCUCACCAGCCCAAGGGCCUUACGCAGGAUACCAAGCGCCGCCGGGUCCACCUCCUGGUACUCCCGGCUAUCACUCACCAGCUCCCCCGACACAUGGCAGCCACGGAUUCUAUCCACCACCGCAGCCUCCUAGCUCAGGUUACGGUUCCUCGAGUUACAACGCGCCAUCUUCUGCCUACAAUGCGCCGUCUUCCGCAUAUAAUGCGCCAGCUCCGGUCUACAAUGCGCCGUCUUCCACUUAUAACGCACAGUCUACGUACAAUGCGCCCUCUUCCACCUACAAUACACAGUCUGCCUACAAUGCUUCACCUUCAUACGGUGGGCCAUCUUCAACUCAUCAUACCGCAGCUACCCCCCAAAACGCACCACCCAUACCCUUAGCGGGCCUGUCAGGCAUGGCUGCCGGUUUUGGUGCACAUGCUCAGAAGCCGCAACCCAAUCCGCAACCCAAUAUUGCACAGCAACAACAACAGGAGAACCCUCCUAGCGGGACAGGUCCUGCAAAGAUUUCAUUGGGGGCGUCGGCCGACCCAGCAAAACCGUCUGCGUUAAAUACCUUUACAACCGGCUUGAACUCGGCACUGCAUGGAUAUGCUAGGACAUUUUUUCCAGUGAACACAACUCAUAACCCUACGAUACCUAACGUGGCAUCUCACCAGGAUAAGCCGACUGCAUCAUUAGGAGCCUCCGGCGAAAGUGGAGCACCAUCACAGAUUACUAAUAAAAGAUUUAAUUCCUUUGCACGUGAAAGGGGUCGUAAUUCCGUCAAGUGGUAUGUUGACGGGAAGGAUUACAUGUAUGCUGUCAGUAUAGCUCUAGAAAACGCUCAGAAAAGCAUCUGGAUCCUGGAUUGGUGGUUGAGUCCUGAGAUUUAUCUUCGAAGGCCUCGAGGACCCGAUGACCGAUACCGUCUCGACAGAAUGCUUUGCCGGGCCGCUAGACGUGGCGUCAAGGUCAAUAUCAUUGUAUACAAGGAGGUUACCCAGGCUUUGACCCGUAAGUCACUUAAACCCGUCCUCUCCCCAUACAUUUCAUCUCUCAUCUCAAAACACACCCCCACCUCCUCCAAACCGCUCUCCUUCCUAUCUUCGCUGGCUUCAGAUAUCGCUCUGCCCCUUGCAUUUCAUGGUCUUGAAAAGCUUGAGGCCAAAUACCCGCUCCUGUACCCCUCUGACGCCUCUGGUUUUGUCACAGUGAACUCAUCACACACCAAGCACCACCUUGAGGACCUACAUGAAAAUAUUGCUGUGUUUAGGCAUCCCGACCAUCUUCCAGAUAGGCCGACAGUCCAGCAGGAUAUCUGGAAGAAGAUUUCGGGCGGGAGCUACUCAAUCGGCGAUGGGCUCAAAGGGCUCUAUGGUAUGAGCAACGGUGUCGUGCUUUACUGGGCGCACCACGAGAAGCUGUGUUUGGUUGAUGGGGAGAUCGCCUUCAUGGGUGGUCUGGAUUUGUGCUUCGGAAGAUGGGACACGAAUAACCAUCCCAUCGCCGAUGCCCACCCAGGGAAUAUUAACGAAGUCCUUUUUAUUGGACAGGAUUACAAUAACGCUAGGUUGAUGGAUUUCCACACUGUUGAGAAAUGGGACCAGAACAAAGUAUCGCGCACCGAAUCCUCCCGAAUGGGAUGGUCCGAUGUCGCACUAUGCUUCACGGGUCCGACAGUGAUCGAUCUGCAGCGCCAUUUCAUCGAGCGCUGGAAUUACAUCUACACCGAGAAGUACAAGAUACGAAACGACAAGAGAUUCUCCCUCAUCCCCCUCGACGAGAUCACCAAGAAGGAACAGAAAGAAGAAAGCCUCGGUAAGCACGCGGACCUUGUCGGGGUCCAGUGCCAGAUUGUCCGUUCGGCCAGUAAAUGGUCUCAUGGCCUUCCCGUGACGGAGCACUCCAUUGCCCAAGCCUACAUUGAUGUUAUUCUUGCGGCCGAGCACUUUAUCUACAUCGAAAAUCAGUUCUUCAUCACGGCGACAGACGACCGGCAGAGCCCCAUCAUCAACAAGAUUGGCUUUGCAAUCGUCGAACGUAUCCGCAGGGCCGUAGAGGACAGAAAGAAGUUCAGGGUCGUCGUGGUUAUGCCAGCCGUCCCUGCGUUUGCAGGCGAUCUCCAGGACGAGGGAAGCUUGGGUACUAGGGCUAUCAUGGAGUUCCAAUACCGGUCCAUAUGCAGAGACAACAAACUCUCAAUCAUGGAGCAGAUCGCAAAGGAAGGCGUUGAUCCGAUGGAGUACAUCCGCUUCUACAACCUGCGCAACUACGAUAGAAUCAAUGCCUCCGGCACGAUGGAGCAAGUCGAGCAAGCGUCCGGCGUACCCUACGAGGCUGCUGCCGCAGCAUACGACGAAAGGUUUGGCGGCGGCCACGGCCAAGGUACCCAUGGCUACGGAAACCCGCAGCCUGACGCUUACCCCCGGUACCAGCAAAAGGCGCCAGGCGGCAGCAGCGAAUGGGACAGCGUCUCACGAUGCUCAAUGCUCAAUGGCGGCGACAUCCGCACCGUCCCCUGGGAGGGCGAUCCAAACCGGGAAAUGGACGCCUUUGUCUCCGAGGAGCUAUACGUGCACUCGAAACUCCUCAUCGCCGACGACAGCACCGUCAUCUGCGGUUCAGCCAACCUGAACGACCGCAGCCAGCUCGGCGACCACGACUCGGAGAUCGCAAUCGUCAUUAAUGACCCCACCGUGCUGUGGUCCUACAUGAACGGGGAGGAGUACCAAGCCAAACAAUUUGCCGCCACACUACGCCGCCAGAUCUUCAGGAAGCACCUCGGCCUCCUCCCCGCGCAGGAGAUGAGCGACUACAACAGGAACAUGGAUCCCAUCUUCACCGAACGGGACGGGUACGACGGGUACGGUGUGCCCCAUAUCAUAACCAACUGCUACGACUUUAACUCGUACGAAGACAGCCUCGUAGUUGACCCGCUAGGCGAUCUCUUCUGGAACCUCUGGAAUACCACGGCAAGGACCAACACCGAGGUCUUCAGCAAGGCAUUCCACGCAGUACCCAACGACCGCGUCAGGAACUGGUCCCAAUACAAUGAGUUCUACUCAAAGUACUUUGUGCCAACUGCGGAGGAAAAGCUACGCGCCGAGGCGGAGACGAAGGAGCGUGCCGCGAAGGCGGCCGCGGCCGGACAGCCGAAGCCGGAGGCUGUCAAGCCGAGGGCGAUGAUCGAGUAUGGCCAUGUGGUGAAGUCCGAGUUUUCGCCUGGCGAGCAGGGCGUGUGGGAGCUUAAGGAGCUGCUGAGUAAGGUUAAAGGACACCUUGUGGAGAUGCCUUUGGACUUUUUGGUGGAAGAGGAUAUUGCGAAGGAGGGGCUGGGACUGAAUGCUUUGACAGAGACGCUUUAUACUUGA